ACGUCCCAAAACAUGAAGACGUUCAUUGUGCUGUCCGUGAUGGUGGCGCUGGUCGCCGGUGCAGCGAUCGAAUCCGGCGAGAGCGAAGCGAAGAGCGUACAGAAGCGCUCGGAUCACCACGUAAAGACGGUGACGAUCACGAAGAAGGUCCCGGUACCGUAUCCGGUCGAGGUGGAGAAGCAUGUGCCCGUGCCGGUGAAGAUCCCUUAUCCGGUGCACGUCGAGAAGAAGGUACCGUUCGUGAUCGAGAAGAAGGUGCCGGUGUACGUGGAGAAGAAGGUGCCGGUGCAUGUGGAUCGCCCGGUGCCGGUUGAGGUGAAGGUACCGUACGAGGUGCCGGUCUACCACAAGGAGUACGUCGAGGUACCGAAGCCAUAUCCGGUGCACGUCGAAAAACCGUACCCGGUGUACGUGAAGAAGCCGGUGUACGUCGAGAAGGCCGUCCCGGUGACCGUGCAGAUCAAGAAGGUCCACAAGCACCAUCACUAACACUGGCGAGUGCCGUUCUCAGGUCCUGGUGGUGGUGGUGGUGGUGGUGGAGGCGCCUGUGUUCCUGUGUACUAUGUGUCCUUACGCCAGCAUCGGCUACACGGUUGUGCGACUUUGCCAAAGUGCAGCUGA